AGCAAAAAUAUCCCCAGAUAGUACUUUGUAGUCCCUUAUAAGAGUCAUGCAGAAAUGGAUAAUAAUUCAGAUAAGAGAAAAUGGAGGAAAAUGAGCCACUUUUAGAGAGCAACAAGCAAAAGAGCUAUGGUGGCUUCAGGACCCUGGCAUGCAUCAUUGCAAAUGAGUCAUUGGAAAAGGCAGCAGCUUUUGGGCUGAGUGCUAACUUGAUACUGUACCUGGAGAAUGAGUAUCACAUGGGUUUAGUUACUGGGACAAAUAUUAUCAAUUUAUGGGGAGCUGCUGGCAAUUUCUUGCCUGUUCCUGGAGCUUUUCUUGCUGAUUCUGGUGUUGGUCGCUACCCUAUGAUCGCGGUUGGAUCUGUAUUUGGCCUCCUGGGGAUGAUUCUAGUAUGGCUAACAACCGUGAUUCCAGAAGCAAGGCCACCAAUUUGCGACAUACUUACUGCAGAAUGCAGCUCCUCCACAGCUCCACAAGUGAUUUUCUUAUGUUUCUCUCUCGGGCUCACAGCAAUUGGUGCAGGGGGUAUCCGCUCAGCUUCCAUGGCCUUUGGUGCAGAUCAAUUUGUCAAGAGAUACAACCAGGAAGAGAGUUUGGCUGCCCUGGAAAGUUAUUUUGGCUGGUAUUAUGUUGCUUCUGCAGUUGCAGUUAUCAUUUCCUUAACUUUUGUUGCCUAUAUUCAAGAACACUCGGGUUGGCAAGUUGGUCUUGGAGUUCCUGCAGUGUUGAUGCUGUUGGGAGUGUUGUUAUUCUUUUCGGCUUCUUCUUUCUACAUCAGGUCACAGGAUAAAUCAAGCUUGUUCACUAGCUUCUCCCAAGUCAUUGUAGCUUCCUACAAAAAAAGGCGUUUCACAAUAACCCCGGAUAUAAAUAAUGUCUACUAUCAUAAGAAGGAAUCAGCACUUGUUGUCCCAAGUGAUAAACUGAGGUUCCUCAACAAGGCCUGUAUCGUCGAAGAGCCUGAAAGGCACUUGACAGCGGAUGGAGACAUUCAGGACCCGUGGAGCCUCUGUACAGUUGAUCAAGUGGAGGAGUUAAAAGCCAUUCUGAAGGUGAUCCCAAUGUGGUCUACAGGAGUUAUCUUGUCUGUAACCUUAAGUCAGGGUAGUUUACAGCUAGUCCAAGCCCUGUCCAUGGAUCGACACAUCACUCCAGGUUUUGAGAUCCCAGCAGCAUCUUUAGGCGUCUUCACUUUCAUUUCUGCCAUAUCAUCCGUCGUUCUUUAUGACCGUGUAAUUGUUCCUCUGGCAUCCAGAAUCAUGGAAAAGCCUUUUCAUCUCACCUCCAAAACAAAAAUGGGAACUGGAAUAUUUUUAUCCAUCUUAAGCAUGCUCGUCUUAGCUUACAUAGAGUACGUCAGAAGAGGCCUCGCAACUCAACAAGGCCUGUCAGAACCCGUAGUAAACAUGUCAGUAUUCUGGCUCAUAUUACCAAACUGUUUGAUUGGCAUUGCAGAGGCUAUCAACGCAGUAGGCCAAUGUGAGUUCUUUUACUCCGAGUUCCCCAAAAGCAUGUCCAGCAUUGGCUCAACUCUACGCGGACUAACAUUCACUGUCGGAGGCCUGGUGGCAACUGCAAUGCUGAACAUUGUGGAUCAGGUUACAAGAAGAGGAGGGAAAGCAAGUUGGAUAUCAAGCAACAUAAACCAAGGUCAUUAUGAUUACUAUUUUCUGAUGAUUGCUGGAAUGUGUGUUGUCAACAUGUUAUAUUAUCUUGUUUGUAGCUGGGCCUAUGGUCCUUGUGAACUGGUUGCAGUGAAGGAUUCACAGAAAGAAAGGUGAAAUUGGUGAUGACUAAUGUCAUUGGAAAAUAUGUAUUUUGUGUUAAUUCAAUCAUGUCGUUGCAAGAAAACAUGACAAAACUAACCAUUGUAAUGAUAUGUAAAGGGAAUAAUCAGUAGGUUUUGUUC